AUUGUUCGACAGCCGAAAAAGCUCAUCACACCAAAAACAUUUGACAGGUUGUUGGCACACGUCAAUGAACGUAACAGUUACGCGAAUCGCGAUGUGUAUUUGGACUUCCGAAAAUGGCGGCGUCGGUGGAAGUGGAUAAUGGAUACGCCUGUUUUUCACGUUGUAACUUACCUUAUUUUCAAACAAAUUUGCACUUGUAUGUGCUGUGCUACAAAACCACAACAUUUAUAUGUUGUUUAUUUAUUACUUGCAGGUUGAGCUAAAAGAUAAAACAAAUGCAUUGAAGAGUUUGAACAAAAACGUGGCAACAACGGUGGAGGAAAUGUCGGGAUUUGAAGUGUUGAACCUAAAAAAAGACCACCUCCUUGAUUCUGAGGUAUCAAGUUCUGGGUCUGGGUCAAAGUUUGCAGAUCAGAAGUCAAAGAUCAAAAUGGAGGUGGAAAAACUGCAACAGGAGCUUAAAAAGUGUCAAAGUGAACUUCAUAAAAUGCAGAGGCAGCUUGAACAAAGUGUAAGGCUUCAAGAGAUCACAGAGAGCUACAACCAAGACCUGAGACUACAGGUUGAGAAGUUAAGUGCUGAGCUUCAUGAGUGGAAGAAGAAAGAAAGAAAUCGAGUGGAAUCAGAGACUCAGACUGAAGAAUACAGAUGGACAGAAACAGAUUAUAGUUAUUAUUACAAUUGCUUCUAUCAGAUGGCAGAGGGAACAGGACCUCAGAAAAACUCUGAGUUCUCAGAUGUGCAUCCAACUACAACGGAAUGGGCAGCAGCCAAUUCGCCGCAAUUGGAGAAAAUCACAGACAUGGCUGAUGCGGAGAUACAGACAGGUGACAAAAGCAGCUUGUCUAUAGCAGGUAUGCUGAAAGCCACAGCAGAGGAGGCACUCAAUCAGACAGGCUUUGUUUUUGAUGAGAGUUCAGGAAUGUACUAUGAUUACGCGACCGGCUUCUAUUAUGACUCUAAUAGUCAGCUGUAUUACGAUGCUAACACAGGCAUAUACUACAGCUAUGACACUGACAGUGGGAAAUACCAGUUUCACUCUCAAAUCAAGCUUCCUGCUGUCCAGCUCUGUGAAACUGUCAAUGACCAGGAAACUACCAGCAAAUGGAAGCUCAAGAAGACUUCAGAGAGAACAGAGCUCGCAAAGACCAUGGACCAGAGUGGUAAGAAGAAGCUGAUAAAAGACACUAAGAUUAAGGAGCAGCAUGACAAUGGAAAGUGUGAUAAGAUGAUUACAAAGAAAAAAGGCAGAUGCUCACGAAGCAGGAAGCACUCAUCAUCUUCAUUUCAUUCAGUCAGAAGCACAGUAUCCUCAGUGAGCCCAAGGAAAAGCAGAUCUCAGAUAAGGAACACAUCACAUUCUAAAAAACGAUCACACUCGCCUUCACGCAUGGAUUCAUGCUCUGUGGAUGUAAACAGUGAGAGUGAGCCAGAGGAAGGAGAGAUCAUGGGGUCAGAAGGGGAGAAAGAACCUUUUUCAUCAUCAACAUCUCUGUCUGAUUCUCCAGUCACCUCCCCAGCUCCAGACAGCCCUGUAAACACAAUGCAGCCACCAGAAGAAGGAUGGCCUCCAUGUAUAAGGGUUACUGUAGUUCGGUCUUCUGUCCUGCAACCUGGAACUCUCUUCAUCCUUACAGCUGAUGCAGUUGCCACCAUCGGCCGAGAGAAGGACAUGGAUCAUGCCAUUAGGAUUCCAGAGAUGGGAUCUCAUGCAGAGGUGUAUUUUGAUCAAGAUCACCAGUGUUACAUGUUGGUUGACCUGGGUAGUCAGAAUGGCACAGUUAUUAAUGGCAGCAGAAUAUUACAGCCUAAAGUGCGCUGUGAUCCCUGCCCUUUGACUCAUGGUGAUGAGGUGAAGCUUGGUGAAACAGUGUUGUCCUUUCACAUUCACUCAGGCACCGACACAUGUAAUGGAUGUGAACCAGGACAGGUCCGAGCUCACCUGAGCUUUCACAGACGGGAAGAAAAUGCAGGGUGUGUGUUGAGUAAGGAGGACAAAGAGAUACAGAGACACAGAGAGCUUAAGCUGAUAAAAAUUAAAUAUGGUCUUAAAAACAGUGACUAUGAAAACAGUCAUAAAUGCAAUAAAUACAAGGACAGAGCUGAGAGCAGGAGACAGACAGUAGGAAGUGAGGGAACCUUCUACAGAGAUGACGCUCCAGCCUCGCUACAUGUAGAGAUUAGUGAGAAGAAUAAGGGUCGACAGAUGCUGGAGAAAAUGGGCUGGAAGAGUGGAGAAGGACUGGGCAGAGACAAAGGAGGCAUCAUUGAGCCUGUUGAGCUGCAAGUGAGACGGGAACAGAGUGGGCUUGGCUGUGUGGGGACUGUCUCAGUGAAUGCAGUGUCUCUUGGCCACAGCAAGAGGCAGCAGAACUGGGAGCAGGCGAGAGAGCGUUUCCAACAAAGCCACCUAGAAAUGCACACAUCAAAGCAGCCACAAAACUGGGUCAGAGGGCAGCCCGACGAGUGAGCGCGAAGACUACAGAAAAAGAUUUUUUUAUUUUGUUUAGUUAUUAACAAAUAUAUUUCAGCUGAUUUGUAAAGGAAAUGUCCUAUGUAUUCUCUUUGUAGUUAUUAAAUGCAUUCCUACAGUAA